AUGCACGCGAAGGCUCUGAAGAAGGAAGAGCUCCAGCAGGCCCUUGUACAUUAUGCGGAGGAAAUGCACGCCUACACGCUCCAGCUGGUCGCUGAGGUGAGGAAGCAGAGGGGGAAGGAAAGCGGCACAGAUGCAGGAGCUGAAGAACAGUCGCUGGACUUGUCCAAGCUGCAGAUAUCCUCUCCCAAAAGCCCUGCAAAAUAG